AAAUAGUCGAUUUCGCUCCAAAAUUCCUAAAAACUCUCCGUAAAAAUGCCCGAUUAUUCGAAUGAGGAUUUAGUGAAGCUCAUUCAUCGAGUCAUCAACAAAGUCAACACGCUCGAGGACAAAAUCGACCAGGUCCUGAUAGAACUGAAGAACAACCAACAAACAAAACAAGCAGUCCGGUUCAUCCACAGAGGCGAAGAAGGAUUCGAAGAUUUGGACUUUGAUUUCAAAUUUACUCCAAUCGGCAGCGAAGAAGAACUCGCCGAAGUCACACAAACCAUCGAAAAUGACCCGCAAUACCGGAAAAAGCUUCUGGCUUACAUUUCAUCAAAGGGAAAUUUCACCAUAGAACAUCUCUUUACGGACGUCUUUUUGUUCGAUUACAACUUGAGCGGCGCCAAUGGCAAGAGAAAAUUGGAAGGAAUCGUCCCGUUCGAGCAAAUUUACAUGUACCUAAAAAUGAAAGAAUCCCUCACAGAAGACGAGAUCAAGCGAGAACUUGUGGAAAAAUUGACCAAAAUCAAGAAUCGCGUUUACAAGAGACGUUCCCUUCAACAAAAACGGACCGCUACUCCGGCACAAGAAACGCAUUUCGAGGAGCAACGAGUUGCGCCACGGUACAAAAUCGAGGAACAAAUUGUCGUUGAAGAUCCCAUCGAGGAAGUUCAAGAGGAAGAAGAGGAUUUAUCGCAUGAAACAUACACCGAACCUGGCCAAAUAUUUAUCGAAGAGACGAUCGAGCAUGAGAUGCCGUAUCACGAAUACGACGAGGAAUACGCUUUCAGUCCCAUCAACUCUGACGCCGAUCUCGAAGCAGUAACGCAGAAAAUUCGAAAUAAUCCGCAAUAUUUGAAGCAAUUGCGCCUUCAUUUGGUCAACGAAUCAGACAACGGACAAAUUACUUUGGAACAACUUUUCACAGUGGAAUAUUUGCAGGACUUUAAUCUCUAUGGCAGGCAAGAUAAUCGGAAAUUAGCGGAUCUCGUUCCAUACAAAGCUCUGUAUUUUUAUUUGAAGAAACACACGGGACUUGACUUGAAACAAAUUGAACUGGAUGCCUCGAAUGAGCUGAAAAGACUGAAAAAUCGCAUGGCUGCUCGUCGAAAAGUUCAACGGAAACGCGGAGAAUUGCCGCCGGUAACAAAAAAAGAGAAAUAAUAAAGAUUUAA